UCACGUUUCCAGAACGAACCGGAAAAGAUCGCGCAGUCUCUCGUUUGUAACCCGGAAGUAGACGUACCUCACGGAAGCCGACUUUGGCCCUGCGGCUGCUGCUGUCGCCGCAGAGAAAUUGUUGGAACUGGCAGCCUAGGAAUGAAUCUCCUCUCAGCCUCUAAGUUCACCUGGUCAGAAUCCUUGGAUGAGGCUGUGGGACCCUUCCUCCUAGCCCUGUGGUUUGGAACCAGUGGCUUUGGGACAGUAAGAGGAUGGACAAAGAUUCUCAGGGGCUACUAGAUUCAUCCCUGAUGGCAUCAGGCACCGCCAGUCGUUCAGAGGAUGAGGAGUCGCUGGCAGGGCAGAAGAGGGCCUCCUCCCAAGCCUUGGGCACCAUCCCUAAACGGAGAAGCUCCUCCAGGUUUAUCAAGAGGAAGAAGUUCGAUGAUGAGCUGGUGGAAAGCAGCCUAGCAAAAUCCUCUACCCGGGUGAAGGGGACCAGUGGAGUAGAACCAGGGCGCUGUUCAGGGAGUGAACCCUCCUCCAGUGAGAAGAAGAAGGUGUCCAAAGUCCCCAGUACUCCUAUACCACCCAGCCCUGCCCCAGUCCCUGGACUCACCAAGCGUGUGAAAAAGAGCAAACAGCCACUUCAGGUGACCAAGGAUCUGGGCCGCUGGAAGCCUGCGGAUGACCUCUUGCUCAUCAAUGCUGUAUUGCAGACCAAUGACCUGACAUCUGUCCACCUGGGUGUAAAGUUCAGCUGCCGUUUUACUCUUCGGGAAGUCCAGGAGCGCUGGUACGCCCUGCUCUAUGAUCCUGUCAUCUCCAAAUUGGCCUGCCAGGCCAUGAGGCAGCUGCACCCAGAGGCCAUUGCAGCCAUCCAGAGCAAGGCCCUGUUUAGCAAGGCUGAAGAGCAGCUGCUAAGCAAAGUGGGAUCGACCAGCCAGCCCACCUUGGAGACCUUUCAGGACUUACUGCACAGACACCCUGAUGCCUUCUACCUGGCCCGAACUGCCAAGGCCUUGCAGGCACACUGGCAACUCAUGAAGCAGUAUUACCUGCUGGAGGACCAGACAGUGCAGCCGCUUCCAAAAGGGGACCAAGUGCUGAACUUCUCUGAUGCAGAAGACCUGAUUGAUGACAGUAAGCUCAAGGACAUGCGAGAUGAAGUCCUGGAACAUGAGCUCACAGUGGCUGACCGGCGCCAGAAGCGAGAGAUAAGACAGCUGGAACAGGAAUUGCAUAAGUGGCAGGUGCUAGUGGACAGCAUCACAGGGAUGAGCUCUCCAGACUUUGACAACCAGACAUUGGCAGUGCUACGGGGCCGCAUGGUGCGGUAUCUUAUGCGCUCACGUGAGAUCACCCUGGGCAGAGCAACCAAGGAUAACCAGAUUGAUGUGGACCUGUCUCUGGAGGGUCCAGCUUGGAAGAUCUCCCGAAAGCAAGGUGUUAUCAAGUUGAAGAACAAUGGUGAUUUCUUCAUUGCCAAUGAGGGCCGACGGCCCAUUUACAUUGAUGGACGGCCUGUACUGUGUGGCUCCAAAUGGCGCCUCAGCAACAACUCUGUGGUGGAGAUUGCCAGCCUGCGAUUUGUCUUCCUCAUCAACCAGGACCUCAUUGCCCUUAUCAGGGCAGAGGCUGCCAAGAUCACACCACAGUGAAGAGGACAGGGUACCAAGAGCCCUGGGUUCUCUCUGGCCUCAGUUUGCUGUUAUUCCAGCCCCCUUAAGCUGGGAACUCAGGCUCCUGGAAAAACCUGCCCACGUGGGGAACAGGAGACCCAACUGCUGGCCCAUUGAUUUGAGUCUUUGAGGAAGGUGGGGCUGGCCAUUGGGAAGCCAGGAGAGGCUGGGACCCUUGUGCUUCCCUAGAGCCAGAGCCCCUCCCCGUCUUCUCUGCAGACCACCCUCCCUCUCCCCUGAUUGCCACCUUCAAUCUUGUGUCUCCAGAGGAUUAGCUUCAGAUUUCUUUAUUGUUUUUCUUUUGUAAAUAAAAAGCACCAAAUUCCAAA